GAACUGCUAUAUAAACAAAUUAAGACAUUCUGGUAUUGGCGUAAUUGUCAGUCAAUUGUUUGGAUCAGAGCUGUGCCAGAGACAUGGCGAAACCCUCAAAGCGAUUGUUCGCGGUUCUCUCCCUUUUUGUUCUUCUGCAGCAGUUUUCACCAGCCUUCACUGCCGACUUGUCAAGGCAUAGAAUCAYUCACUCCAAGGAGAAGAGAACGGAUCAAGCGAAAGACAGCUCAAACGAUAAAGAAAUACAAGAAAACAGCGAAAAGCGAUCAGCCCGGAAUAAAGUUCUUGGGACAGCUCUAAGACAACUUUGGAAGCUUCUGGGGAAAGAUUCCAUCAUCAAAAAGAUCAAAUUUGUUGCACAGGUCACUUCAACGAUAACCACAGCUACAAACCUCGGCCUUACUAUUACCAGAGCCAUAGGGGGAUGUGGUGCUAUUGCUCCAGAACUCACUGAGAAUUGGGCAAAAUAUCAGAAAUUAGAUGAGGAAUUCUGGCCAAUAAGCAGACAAAUUGACGAAAUCAAUCUUCAAGCCGAAAGUCGACAAAUCUACAUCAACACAAGCUUCUACGAGUACAGAAGAACCAGGGACAAACUUCAAAAUAUUGCAGAUGAAAAGGAAAGAAUAUUCAAUUCACUUGGUUCUGAAGUGUUAAGUAGUGCCAGAAAUUCUUCUGACAAAAUAGAGCAACUCGCCAUGGAAAAAAACCGAACUGGUGAAGAAAUCAAAGACACUGAGAUUUAUCUGGGAUAUAAGGAAGGUCURGACCUGGCCUUGGACUUGGCGAAACCUUCUCUAAGUUUGAUCAUUAAGGGAAUCAAAUUAUUUUGGAAUUCUUAUCUUAGGGAUACAGUCAUCGGCAAGAAAAUCACGAAGUUAUCAGAGACCAUUAAGAACAAAAUCACCAGUAUUCUGAGCAGUGAUCCUAACAAGCCAAGUCUGGGGCAAAGAAUCAAGGCCAGUAGAAUAAUGAACACUAGAUUUGGAAAAGGUCUACAGGCAAUAGGAAGCUCGAUUAAGUCUAAGUUAGUCAGGUCAGCCACGCGCUUCAAGAGUAUUACUAAAAGACUUGUUCCUUUAGCGAAGUUGGCAGGGGCGGCAUACGGUAUAUGGAAGGUGUUCUCUCAAAUCAAGGAAUGCACAGACAUGGCCGAGAAGUCGAGGGAGAGUGUAGAGAAGAUGACUGAAAUGUUAGARAAAACAAAAAAAAUUUUAGCCGACGUGAAAGCUUCUAAUGAUGAAAUACAAUCGGCAUUCGAUGAAAUAAAUGYCUUUACUUUUGACGAAACAUUGUUGGAUGCUAUAAGCCAACUGAAAGACAUGAUGAGCGAUUCCACCAUUGUACUUGAAACGGACGAUAGUCGAACAGUUGUCGCGGAAUUGAGGUCCUAUCUUGAUGGUAAGGAUACUAUCACAGCACCUGAUAACAACAAGCUCAUUAUAGCCAACUUGCAAACAAAUUUGAACGAUGCCUUGCACAGAAUCCCUUUUACUCUAGAGUGCUACACUAUUAAAGGUCAGUUUUACAACAGUGUAAAAUCAGAUUGCGCUACUGGUCAAGGAUCGAUGGGAAGCAUUUAUGAAAGGGUGAAGAGGCAUAGAGGUAUAGACGAAGCAUCCAGCAAGUGUACAGAAAGAACUGGAAACCUGUUUCCACCACUUGCUGACGUGACUGCUGCCUGGGAAAAAUGGGUGUCUGAAAAUCCAGAGAAUAACAAGAUUUGUCUUAUGAAUGACGACUGGGUUGUAAACAAAGUCAUAGAACAACUACAAAAAGGAGAGAAUGACCCUAAAAAAAUCGCCGAUGUUAUCGGCAAGGGCGAAGCAGAAGAUGAGGUCCAAGCCAUGAUUGACAUCCUUAAGGAUGACCCAAGAGUUAAUCAGCUGUCAGAUACUGUACAAAAAUUGAUUUGCGAUCUAAGAAACGCUGUUAAUGAGGGUCAUAUGACCAUUGACGUGGCACUAGGGAUUGUCAAUGGCAGCUCUCCCAACCGAAAGGUUACCGAGGAUGAUUUCAACAAACAUGUACUCCUGUGUAGUCAAUAGAUUUACCAUGAAUACUGCACUUAAACAUUGAAAUAUUGAAACCGGCCAAACAUACAAAAACGAUGGAGUUUUGAUAAUUUUUAAAGUUAAAAAAGGAAAAAUGAAGAAAGUCAACUAAGAAACACCUGUAAAAAACCUUUAAAGAAAUAAAUUCAGAGCAAGUCAAAAA